GCAUGACCAAAUCUCACGAAUAAGCAGCACGAGCGAUGACCUCAACUUACUCGAUGUGCUCCAGCUAGCUCAAACACAGACAAAUCGCUUGCAACACAGAUUAACUGUGGGAUCUACCCGUAGUGGCCAGAAAAGAGAAUUCCAGGAAAAGCCUCUAUCCAUGGGGGGAGGGAAAGCAUUUCCGCCGCCGCUACCUGAUUCAGACGACUAUCUUGUCGAAUUCGAUGGGUUUGAUGAUCCGGACCAUCCAUACAAUUGGAGUUUUGCUGUGAAAUUCUAUCUAUCCCUGAUCGCUUGUUUUGGCACUUUUAUUUCUUCGUUCACUAGUGCAAUCUUUGCUCCAGGCACUAGUGGCGUGGCUCGACAAUUCAGCGUCAGUCAGGAAGUGAGCACUCUUGGCACAACUUUGUAUGUUUUGGGUUUUGCAUUUGGUCCCAUGAUUUGGGCGCCUGCUUCUGAGCUGAUAGGCAGGCGAUGGCCGUUAACUGUGGGUAAUUUUGGUGCUGCUAUUUUCACAAUCGCCUCAGCUAUGGGCAAAGAUAUACAAACAGUGAUUGUGUGUCGAUUCUUUGCGGGUCUCUUUGGUGCUAGCCAGCUUUCCGUUGUUCCAGCGGUAUUAUCGGACUUAUAUGAUAAUACUCAACGAGGCGUUGCCAUUGCCAUUUAUUCUCUUACCGUUUUUACGGGUCCCUUUAUGGCUCCUUUCACCGGCGGUUUUAUCACUUCGAGCUCACUUGGCUGGCGGUGGAGUCUUUAUAUUCCUGCAUUCUUUGGAUUUGCAUCUGCAACUCUAUUCCUAUUCUUUUUUUCGGAAACAUAUGCACCGUGUCUUCUGAGCACAAAAGCGGCGGUUAUUCGACGACAGACCCUUAACUGGGGUAUACAUGCCAAGCACGAUGAAGUGGAGAUAGAUUUUCAGGAGUUGAUUCAGAAGAACUUUCUCCGUCCGUUGAGGAUGCUGAUUACAGAGCCAAUUAUAUUGCUAGUAUCCCUCUACAUGUCCUUUAUCUAUGGACUAGUGUAUGCCCUCCUUGAAGCAUAUCCGUAUGUAUUCGAGUCAUCUUAUGGAAUGAAACCCGGAAUCAGCGGCCUUACAUUUAUUGGCCUUGUUAUUGGACAACUAUUAGCAUGCACUUUCAUUCUUUCUCAACACUCGACAUAUGUCAAACGACUCAUUAGUAAUAAGAAUAUCCCCGUUCCAGAAUGGGGCUUGUUGCCGGCUAUUGUUGGCGCUCCAGUAUUUACUGCUGGAAUAUUUUGGUUUGGCUGGACUGGUUUUACUGAUACUAUUCACUGGAUGGUUCCAACCACUGCCGGGGUUUUGAUCGGAUUUGGCGUUUUGUGUAUCUUUCUUCCAUGUUUCAACUAUCUAGUCGAUUGCUAUCUACCCUUGGCAGCUUCAACUGUCGCGGCAAAUAUCAUAUUACGAUCAAGCGUGGCAGCUGGGUUUCCACUCUUUUCAAGGCAAAUGUUCAAAAAUCUGGGAAUCCAAUGGGCUGGAACCUUACUCGGGUGUUUGGCAGCAAUCAUGAUUCCUAUUCCUCUUGCCUUACGGGUCUUCGGACCACGAAUUAGACGCAAGAGCAAGUUUGCUCUCGAAAUAUGA